CAAACACCUCAUGUUCACCAAGGAUGGGAUGACGGUUGGUGUGAAGGAGUUGAAGGAUGAGGAUUAUAAGGAUCGGAGUCAGAGGUUGGUUUACUUUUCCCCCCUUACGUUGGGCUGGAUGCGCGGGUGGUGUGGCGUGUUGGGUUUUGUGGACUGGGCUAAUGGGAGUUAUAGUGUCCUUGUGAAUAUGUGGAAUCACACUUCUUUCCCAGCGUACAAGAGUCGGCUUUGGAAUAUGACUGGGUCUUCGGAUGAGCAGGAGGUUGAGAGGAGGAAGACGUGAGUUUGGUCCUUUGUUCUGUUUGGGUUUGUUUGACGUUGCUAAUGGUACUAGGUACUCGAAAUAAUCGAUGCGAAUACUCAACUCACGACUGAGCUAUCGUCUAUCUAUCUAUACCUACCUAGCUAGAUGGGAUAU